AAAUAAAGGAAUAGGAGAAACCAUAAAAAAUGAAAAAGGAGACCGUCUCCAUGUCAGCCGCUGCUACUGUAGCAGUACGGCACACAGCAGCAGCAAGCAGCAAGCUGUGUAGGAUAUCGCAAGGGAGCAUCCAUGAAGUGAGCACAAAUGGGCACCUGAUAGAACCUAAUGGAGGGAACUCAAUUGCUAGUAUUCUUUUAAGGUGUUCAGUUGACUUAUUAGCUGAUUCCUUCUCUCUAGUUUUUGGAUCAUCUGGUAAUGGAAUCUGUUUGCUUCAUGGAAAUCAUUACGCAUGGAACAACUCCAACUCACAUCAGCAGCAUCCUUCAGGUGCCAGGAUUUGGCCCAAUUCGCUGUCUUUUGUCAAUGGUGUUCAGCAUAUGCCUGCAUUUCCUUGGGUACCUUCUGUUAUGCUGGAUGUAGCAUCACCCUUUUCCCUUGGGAUCUCUAGGGAUGUUGGAUUUCCUGGUAGUUCUCCAUCACACCCUGUCGAAAUUGCUUCUCACAACAUUUUCUCACAUGCUGGUGGAAACAAUGGUGUGGUAUACUCUCCUCAGCAAAUGUGUCACCUUUUCCCUGGAAGAAACCCUGUGAUAUCCAUGCCAGGUUCUUUUGAGUCUCCCAAUGAGCGUGUGAGAAAUUUCUGGCACCAUAGAAAUGAAUUGAAUUCUAAUAGUGCUGAUAAGAAACAAUAUGAGCUUGACAUUGACUGCAUCAUAUGUGGGAAAGACAGCAGAACAACGCUGAUGAUAAAGAACAUUCCAAACAAGUAUACCUCAAAGGUGCUUCUGGCUGCAAUAGAUGAGCACUGUCAAGGAACCUAUGAUUUCAUUUAUUUGCCAAUUGACUUCAAGGCAAUCAACAGAAUAAAAGCAACAUGGGCUAUGCAUUCAUCAACAGGUUUGAUAUGGGAUUUAGAUGCAUUCAAUGGCAAAAUAUGGGAAAAGUUCAACAGUGAAAAAGUAGCAUUGCUUGCAUAUGCUAGGAUUCAAGGAAAAGCUGCUCUUAUCGCCCAUUUCCAGAAUUCAAGCUUGAUGAACGAAGAUAAACAAUGUCGUCAUGUUCUUUUUCAUACUGAUGGUCCGAACGCUGGUGAUCAGGAGCCCUUUCCCAUGGGUACUAAAAUUCGAUCAAAGCCUGGAAAGCCUCAAACAACGACCCCAGAGAACAAUAGCCAAGUUAGCUCCUCAACUUCAGCGAAGGGGGAGGAACCUUCCAAUGGGGUAGAACCUUGGUCAGGUUAUCCCAAGUAUUCUAACUAAGCUAUCUGCUGUGCCAAGCAGUAAUUGUGGAAGAGUAGUUUCGAUAAUCCAAAUGCAUUUUGUAACUAUAGUUGCUUGACCAUUUCAUUUGUUUCUAGGAAAAUUUUUGUAUGAAUGGCCACUAUGAGCAUAGAGAAUAGCUUAAAAAUGUUCCCGAGUCUAUGCAUGACUCCAAGGAUCCCUCCUGUUCUCAGUUUUGUAUACUGAUGUCUCCAAAUGUAAUUUCCUUCCUUUUUGCUCAAGGAAGGAGAGAGAAAUGUCAUAUUAUAAGUAUUAUAGUAAUUGAAUUUUUAAACUUCCUUUUUUUUCCCUUUUUUUUUUUUUUGUAAAGAAACACUUUUUUUUAAAAUAAUAAAUGUGUGAUUCUUUU